AUGCUAAUAGCAAAUCAUUUCCUUACGCCUGAAAUUGCUCUCCCUGCUUUGGAGAGCGAUAAACAAGAUUAUUCUGAUUUUAAAACGUAUAUCGAUAAUAGUUCUAACCAAUAUGUUUGUAAUUUUCCUAAUUUAGGGAGGGAUGCAACUUUGGUUAUUCCUAUUCCUGUCAAAGGAGUUGCCAGUCAAGUAAGCGAAGAAUUGAAUAAAGACGGAAAAACAAUAUGGUUAAAUACCCACGGAACAGGAGUUAAUUAUUUGCAUGUUAGAAUUGACAAUUCUCCUAAAUAUUAUUUCUUUGAGGACUACAAAAAUCCAAACUAUGUUCCAAUUCCGCAAACUCCUAAGGAAAAAUUGCUAGCCAACUUGGAUAAAAUAUGCCUAGACCCUACCGGUGAAGCCAAAAAGCACGGACAACAUAAAAUUACCGACCAAAAUGGGGAAGAAAUAAAUUUAGAAGAAUAUUUAAGUUUUGAGGAGCGAGAACGAGAUAUAUUUCACAAAGAAAUUCGCACCGCCAUCAUUAACAAUAUCAAGAAAAAUCCGCAAGAUUGA